AUGGCGAAAAUCACAACAGUCCGGUAUUACCGCGUGAAGCCUCGCUGGCUCAUGGUCAAGAUCACCGACGAGGAUGGUGAGUACGGCUGGGGCGAGGCCACGCUGGAAGGACACGAUCUAGCUGUCGAGGGAAGCCUCGAGGAGAUGAUUCCCAGGAUAGUUGGCCUGGAAGCAAACAACAUCGAGCACAUCUGGCAAACGUUCUGGAGACACGGCUUCUACCGAGGAGGCCCGGUGUUCAUGUCAGCAAUGUCCGGUAUCGACAUCGCAUUGUGGGAUUUGAAAGGACGCAAGUUGAAGGUACCCAUCUAUGAGCUGCUGGGCGGCCAAGUGCGCGACAAGGUGCAGGUGUACUGCUGGAUCGGCGGCGACAGGCCAUCAGACGUCGAAGCAGCGGCCAAGAAGCGUAUCGAGCAGGGCCUGACGUGCGUCAAGAUGAACGCAACCGAGGACAUGAACUGGGUCGACUCGCCCAAGGUCCUCAAGGCCACGGUCGAGCGCAUCAAGCAGGUCAAGGCCCUCGGCCUCGACGUCGGCCUCGACUUCCACGGCCGGCUGCACAAGGCCAUGGCCAAGCAGCUCGCGCGCGCCCUGGAGCCCCACGAGCCGCUCUUCAUCGAGGAGCCGCUGCUGUGCGAGCACCCGGAGGCCAUCAAGCAGCUGGCGAACCAGACGACGAUCCCCAUCGCCUUUGGCGAGCGGCUGUACACGAGGUGGGACAUCAAGCGGUUCCUCGAGGACGCGAGCGUCGACAUCCUGCAGCCGGACAUCGCGCACGCCGGGGGGAUCUCCGAGACGAAGCGGAUCGCCACCAUGGCCGAGGCCUACGACGUGGCCAUCGCGCCGCACUGCCCGCUCGGCCCCGUCGCGUUCGCGGCGAGCGUGCAGGUCGCGCUGUCGUCGCCCAACUUCUCCAUUCUCGAGAUGAGCCUGGGCAUGCACUACAACACCGAGGCCGGUGACAUUGAUCUGUUGACGUACCUGAAGAACCCCGGCGUGUUUGACAUCGAAGGGGGCUACGUCAGGGCGCCGACGGGGUACGGGCUGGGCAUCGAGAUCGACGAGGACAUGGUUGUGAAGAUCUCCAAGGAGACGAAGCCGUGGCAGUGCAAGGUAUUCCACGGCCCUGAUGGGAGCAUCCGGGAGUGGUAG